AUGGCCAAUACUAAACCACCACUCUCGACCACCCUCCUCCUCCUCUCUCUCCUCCUUACAGCCACCACAGCAACCACCGCAUUCUCCUUCUCCCGUUCAUACUCUCAGUACACGACCCUCCUCUCUCUCUCCCAUUCUCUCCUCACCCGCGUCUCCAAUCUCCGCUUUUCCCGCGGUGAUAUCGCCGGUUCCAAUCGGGCAAAGCUAAUUGCACAGAAGCUCGAGCGAGGGUUGGGUCUGGGGUUCUGGGGAUUGACUUGGUCUGUUGGUUGGGAUUACGCUAAAAACUACGCCUGGAGAGAUUUUGAUUAUAGGGAAUUGUACGGUGCUGUUUCGGAGAUGAAUGAGUUGCUAAGCUGUCUGGGUGAGUUGUCUCGGUCGAGAUCGGAAGUUGAGAGAGCCACUUGGGUUGCAAGAAAUUACAGAAAUGUCCUCAGAGUUGCUCAGUCGGUGUUACGUAGGCUUGUCGAAAUGUUUCAUCAAUCGGGGCCAUUGAAGGAAGUGGUGGAGACCGUUCAACAAGAGGUAGUGGAGGGUGAUUUGUUAAGGGACUGUCUUGAAUUGGGGAGCAGUGACUUGAAAGGUUUGGUUCAAAUUUUUAAGGAUUUGGCUUCACAGUUUUAUUCUCCGACGUCCCAUGAUGAUGAUGAUGAUUACAAUAGCGAUCUAUGA